CUCUCAUCUCCUCGCUGUACUGGACCACGGCGCUGGAGAUGGACCAGGCAGUGAACGGACACAGCCUCACAGCCGGAGUCUUCCGCAAGGUGUCGCACGUCACCUACGCAACAGGAGAGCGCUUGACCAUCACGUCGACAGCUCAGGGAAUCAACGACGACGGUCAGCUACAGGUGGACAUAGAGGUGGACGGACGUGUACCAACACUACCGACCGGCGUCGUCCUGCUGCGGCCAUUCACAGAGGACUAUGUGCAGAGUGGAGAAGGCUCGCUAUACGGGUAUUCGUCACGGAGCUUCCAAGUGAACGGCUACAUGCUACCGUACGCGUGGAACCACACGGUAACGUACGAUGCGGACGCUGGUAGGCUGCCUUUCCUCGUCCAGAGUCUGUUCACGACCAACCUGCGCGUGCACUACGGCCGUGGCCACCGCAAGCUAAAGAUCCGUGCAGCGGCAGCCAUCAGGAAAGGAGAACCCAGCAAUAGAUGUCCAGAGGGCUUUACACUGGACGUGAGCGGACCUUUCUGUUUGGACGAUGACGAGUGUGUACGCAUGCAGCCGUGUGCACACGUCUGUAACAACGUGCUUGGAAGCUACUACUGCUCCUGCCCGGAUGGCAUGACGCUAGGACCGGACGGAAAAUCUUGCCAGGACAUCGAUGAAUGCAGCAUGGCGCGGUCACCGUGCAGCCACUUCUGUGAGAAUCUGGCCGGUGGCUAUCAGUGCUCCUGUCCUGAGGGAUUCGACCUGCUGAGGGAACGCUUCUGCCGGG